AAAAGAGUGCGCUACUUUUUUUAUUUUUUUCCAUACAACUAUUGACUUUAUUGACCACUCUUUUUAUCACCCAUUCAAAUUACUCUUAUCAAAUGAGAAAGCCAUAUCCUUAUGGCGUUCCUGAUGGGAAAUCCUUUCAGAAAAAAUGUUGAAGACACUCAAAGCUGAUAUUCUACUCGCUGAUGUACUUCUAAUUGAUUACUCUGAUUUUGAUAAAGUCAUUAGCCAAUAUUCAAAGCAACAAGAUUUGGAUGAUGAUCAAGGAGAAGUGUUCAAGGCAAUUAUAACAGCUUUCAAGACAAUAUCAGCCAAACACAGAAACAUAUCGAUAAGGAAAUACGUAGGAAAUGUAAAGGACUACUAUUGUUCACACAAAGAUCAAUUCUUAUCUUUGUAUACACACAAAUUCCAAUUGCUUGAAAAAGAUAAAGAGAAUCAACGCGACGCAGAUAUUGUAGCAGCUGAAGAGGUCUCAAGGGGUAUCUCCCGUAGUAGAAAAAGAUUAGCGGAACAGCAACCGAACAUGAAUCAACCCCAAGAAAAGACUUUGAAAACUAGCACACCUUCACCUUUGUCAUCAUCCGUGUCUAGCUCUUCUUGCCGUUCUACUGUACCUUCCUCUCUUUCUAUGUCAAGAUUCUUAGAUCCAGAUACCGACACGGCUAUCAAUAUUAAUGAAAUCAGGAGUAAUCUCAAGGAAGAAGCCAAAACGUUGCAUGAUAUCUUUGCAAGAGGGACUAAUAUUCACAACAACAUCAUUCUGGUAAAAGGAGGUGAAUGCACCUAUCCAUACACUCAGUUUAUGAAAAGUAUCCUGUACAGUAAUCAGGACAAAGUGAUUGGUCAUAAGAUAGAUUUGAGACUCGUUGCCAACAGCUCUGAUGGAAAUGAUAUCGAUGUUGGUGCAUUCGAAGCAGCAAACGCACUCCCCUCUCACCAUUAA